AGAAUGAGCAAGAAGGUAAAUUCACACUACUAAAAAACAUAAUAAAGAUACAAAUUAAUUUUGAAGGAUAAAGUAGUGAACAGAGCUUUCAUGCAAACACAUGAAACAACAGCAAGAGUAUUAAAGAUAGAAUAUGCUGGGAAACUAUAUAAUAAGAUACUCCAAAGAAUAAAUUAAUUAUACUUUCUUGGAAUGUCUCUUCAAUUAAACCAGAACCUCUUAGUGAAGCUAAUCAAAAAGGAAAACUUAUGUUUUCAGGAAACAAGAAAAGAAAUAACUAACUUUCCUUCAUAUAAAUAUUAUAAUAAAUUAAAAGGUCAUAAUCCAAAUAGGGGAGGAGGAAUAAAAGUUGGGAUUCUUAAGCAAUUCUUUCCAAGAAUAUAUCGAAUUUACUGUCUAAGGUCUAUGAGUUAUUCGAAAGUUUAAUAAUCCACAUAACAGGUAAACGAUUAAUAUUAUCUAUACUAAAUAUUAACUCACCUUUAGAAUAGCAUUAUAACAAAUCAAAAAAAUCGCUAAGAAAACUUUAUUCAACUAUUCAUACAAUCAAAGUGGAAAAUAUUAUUUAUAUUCCGUAGAGAUAUCAAUUAUUCAACAAAUUAAAUACCCUUUAUGAAGGAUGUUAUACUACCUAAUAGUACAUAUUAACAGAAUUAUAGAUAAAAAAGAAAUUACGAGUUAAAAUAGACUUUAAAUGGGUAAAUUAAUAUUUGUAAGUCUAUUAUAAUUUUUAUUAAAGGUCUAAAUUUGUCUUUUUGUGGUAUGAUUGGGUAUGCUUUAUUUAAUGGAAUCAGGCGAUUUUUACCAAAGUUCAGAGCUAAAUCUGUAGUAUUUUAUGA